CUUAUUUCAGCAUGUAGAGAUAAUAGAUGAGUUUUCGGCGAUGUCAGAUUAGAUAACAUGAGACCGUCAUGUGCUGCGCCUCCAUAUUAAAAAAUCCCCAACACUUCCAGCCUCGGGUGGUGCUGCUUUCAGGUACAGCAGUAAUAAGGGAAUUUACCACUACACCUGAGACGUAUUUCAACUAGAGCGUGGGCCCGGAGCCGGAGCCCCUCCUACUCCGGGUAUAGAGGCUGAGCUGAGCUGAGGAAAAAGCACAGUUAUCACUCUGCCGCUGGAAGAGGCGCAGCGCGCGCGGAGAUGAUGUAAGGUGACCCACGCCGUGCUUACACCGUGAUGAAUGAAUCCGUGGCGGACCUCGGGCAUGCGAACGCGCCCGUCUUACAGGGACUCUGGGAGAGCGUGAGAGCCGGACAGCAGCAGGUCCUGCUCUCCCCGUACCUGGCCGCGUCCUGCGCCUUCCUCACGCACCUCGCGCUCUGCGCACCUUUCCUCGUGCUGGACGCGCUGGGAGGCGUGUGUCAGCGCGUCCACUCGUGGAGGAUAGCGGCGGGCGCGGGCCCUCCGCCGUCCCUCUGGAGGUGGUACGAGUGCUUCUGGAGGGUCCUCUUCAAGUACGCCACGGCGGUGCUGCCCGCCACGGCGCUCUUCCAGCUGCUGCGGAGCCCGAGCCUACCGGAGCUGGCCCCGUCCUGCUGGCGGCUGUCUGUGGAGGUGGUCGCGUGCUUCCUGCUCUUCGACACAUUCUUCUUCAUAUGGCACUACUGUAUGCACAGGGUUCCCUGGCUGUAUCGUGCCGUCCACCAGAUGCACCACCAGAACCAAGUUCCCUUUGCGUUGGCGGCGCAGGACGCCAGCUCGGCUGAACUGCUGUCGCUCCUGCUGCUGGCCCUGGGCAGCGCCUGGAUGCUGGGCUGCCACCCACUCAGCGAAGCCCUCUUCCACAUCCUCAACAGCUGGCUGGCGGUGGAGGACCACUGCGGAUACGACCUGCCAUGGGCGCUGCACAGAAUACUUCCCUGCAUGGGAGGAGCCCCCUUCCACCAAACCCAUCACAAGAAGCAGAGUAAUAACUUUGCCCCCUACUUCACACACUGGGAUCAUCUCUUUGGAACAUAUAGAGCGCCGCAUACCUACAUCAGAAAGAGACACGAUAGGACGAUCGUGAAGUGAAUUGUGAAUUUGCCGUAUACCUGUUUGUGUGUGUGUGUGUGGGUUAUCAGCGUCUCCUCAUAUGAAGGUAUGUUUCUUUUGGCUUGUUGGCAGAAGACUGAUAUAUACGACAUCUCCAAGAUGAAUAAAUGCAGCUAAACAUUUCCUUAACAUCAGCAUUAUUUUUAAAUGGCUCUUUUAAGGUUCAUAACAUCAUGCCUAGCUUUAUGUUUGAGUUCUUAUGUAAAUAAGUGUAAAUAUGUACGUAUUUACUUAUUUAAUAAGUGUACUUAUAAGCACACUUAUUUUAUCCUGUGUACUUAUGUACUUGUGUAAAUAAGUACACAGGAUGUAUAUAUAUAUAUAUGUAUUUAUGGAGAGAGAAAAUUCAAAAUAUUUUAUUGUAAUCAUCUGAAGCUAAAAGUUAAAUCCCAUCAGUGUUUUUUUUAAUAUCUACCUCUGCUCUCAGUACAACUUGUCUUUUAAAAUUCAAUCACAAGGAGGCGUGUUUUAAAUGUUUACCAUGAAAUUGGACAUCAUUCACCAAAGUUGUUCCCUUUAGAUCAUCAGAUGUCUUGUGUUGUGUAACAUGCAGCUAGUAUCAACCUUUUACCUCCUCCGUGUUUAUCCACUAUCUGCCAGAUUUGUAUAGAUGCAAAAAAUGCUCUGUUUUCUUUUCUUUUUGUAUAUUCACAAAAUGAAUAAAAGUUUUAUAGAUCUCUA